GUCCCUAGUGGCUGCUUCAUAUUACGUAGUAUCGUGCGCAGUUCUAUUUUUUUCUUGCCGAACGUGGGACAUCGUGCUUUGGCGUGUGGAUUAUUUUGGAUUUAAAUACUGAAAUGUAUCAGUAAAUCAUGAUGUCUUCAAAGCUUUUUCGUGUGACUCCAACGUACUGUAUAAUAGCGCAUCGCUAUAUGCAAGCUGUACAUCCUACCAAGUUCGAAAUAUCACCAAUGCAUAAAGAGAAAGUGAAUAGGAAUAGCAUCGUGAGACAAGCGGAAAAGGUUGUAGGAUAUCCGACAUCAUUUUUGAAUCUUAGAUGGAUACUGAAUGAUGAGGCAGCAAAUUUGGCUAUGCAUCUUAAGAAACUCAUAGGAACCAAACAUCCUUUACCGAAAAUAACUAAAAACUUUUUAUUUUCAAAUGAUUUGCCCUCGUUGGGAUUGGUAAUCCUAUUGGUAUCUAAAAUGGGUGGCUUGAAUCCGGAAGCGGAGGAAAUGGAUUGCGAUAGAACUGCUGGCAUCCUGCACGGGCAAAGAGUUUUAGCUGAGGUGGCGGAAAUGAUCCGAACGAGCUUUUUGGUACAUCGAAGCUUAUUAAAAGUGGAGGCCGGAAGUGAUGAGGCGGAUGAUCUGAGCCAAGGAAAUAAGAUUGCCCUCCUGACCGGAGAUUACUUAUUAAGCAAAUGCUUCAACGAUCUGGCUCUGAUUAGGAAUUCAGAUGUGACGGAUAUUAUUUCGACGGCAACACGCGAUUGUUCUGAAAGCGAUUACGUCGGUCCUUUCGAUGAGAAGAACCGAGCCAUCCCCGCCGAGCCGAAUCCUGUAUUUCGGGAUGCUGCCGAAUACUUUGAUGAAAAUUACCUCGAUCCCGGACCGUACAAAGUGAAUGAAAUCCUUGGUAGUCCUCGAAACGAAUGGGUGCUUAGGACUGUUCUGAGCAGCGCUAACCUCUUGGGAAAGUCAUGCCAGGCCGCUAUGAUAUUAGGUAAUCACGGCGCCGAUUUGCAGAACGCCGCGUAUCAAUUUGGGAAACAUGUUGCGCUCUCGUGGCAGGCGAGAAUCGACUAUGACGAUUUCUUCGCCAAUUCCGGAGGGAUUAAUUUAGUCUCGGCACCGGUUAUGUUGCAUCUGGAAAAGCAUCCGGAAUUCUACACGGAAAUUAAGAACGGAUGUUACAACCCUGAUGGCUGCGAUUAUAGCAAUAUUAGGCCGAUUAUACUAAAUGGCACGGCUGUGCUGGAGACCCAAAAUAUGUGCAGGGACUACGCGAGACGAGCCUCCAAGAAUCUUGACUCCUUCCCAGACGGCGACGCCAAAGAUGCCCUGAAGAAAAUUAUCAACGCACUAUGAACCAUCCAGAAUCUCUAUUCAUACAGUCUUAUGUUAAUUUUAUACCAAAGUUUUUUUUUUAUAUUAGAUCCAUUACAAAAUAAA